AUGGCGCAGCUGGCGGAUAUGGGCAUUGCGAUUCCGGAGGAGUACCGCAGGGAUAUAGCGCUGGCCGGUGAGUGGCAGACGGUUUCAGAGCGGGUCAUUCGUCCGGCAGAUGAGGAGGGUGCCGGUGCGUCUGGGUCGUCUCUUGGAGUGCGCAAGCGCAAACAUGAAGUGGAGGUCGACGAGGAGGAGGAAGAGGCGAAGCGUGAAGCGGAGAGGUUCGUGAGUAAGGCUUGGGGAUCGCGGACGAAGGUGUACCCUGGUGGCCGGGAGGAUACGGAUCUCGAUGUCUUACUUGCGUCUACGAAAGACAUUAAGAAGACGAAGCCGUCCCCUUCGACUGCAGAUGCGCCGACUGAAGAGAGCGGGAAGGUGGCCACAGAGACCCCUGUUAAGAGUGAGACGCAGACGGCGUCUGGAGAGUCAGAUAAGCCGUUGCCCACCAAGGAGGAGCCUGCCGAUGUCGCUGCACCUGCGCCAUCGACAAAGGAAGAGCCUGAAGAUGCCGGACCUAGUGUUGUCUUCAAGAAACGAAAGCCCAAAGUCAUGAGGAAAUAG